UGUGAGAAGAAGUAGCCUGCAGGUCGAUAUGUUGAGCUGUAAACUUGAUUUGUAAAGGGCCUGCUUGAGGCUACAAUCGCUGCUCAAUUGCCCAGUUGAAAAACAUCAUGCGGCAGGUAGUUCUGCCUGAAAGAAACCCAUCUUUUUCCUGCAGAAAUUGCGAGCGAUCUCAUUAUCGAUGAACCUCUCUAUUGCUUAGAUAGAUGGAAUGCCCUUGACUUCCUGAACAUCAGCAUACUGAUUGUAUUAGAAUCCGACCAUGCUCGUCAUAAGUUCAUCCUCGGCCAAAAGGCCGCUCUUUGGCUUGAACGCAAUGGGUGAAAAUCAGCUCCAAGCAGUAUAGCAGGCAAGUCACUUGGCCGCUCUUCACGAAUCUCUUUACUGCGUACGCGAAGCUAAACCACAGUGGCAACCGGAAUCGCUGGAUGGACUCUGACCGCCAUCAACUUGACCCUACUGCUGGACCACAAGGAUCACCAGAUACACCAACCUCGCAUAACAAGAUGGAAUCCAAGCGCAAGAUCGAAGAGUCAUUGACCCUGCUGAACUCACUCUUUGCCCAUCCCAGCAAGAAGAGGGCGGGUGGAAACCAAGCACUCAGCGGCUCAAGCAGCAAGUCCGCAGGCUUGCCCUCACUGUCCUCAACACGAAUUGUGCCAAAGAAACGAGUAUAUUUGCCACCGCGUCCUGCUGUCCUGGAUAAACUGUCGCGUCUGGCUGCCUCUCGACCGACUCUCAAGGAUUCAAUUGCUGCCUCGAUCGCUGCCAGUGCACCUACGACACAUCAUACAGCCCCAGCAUCUCCAGGGACUCAACCAGAUGUCACAACUUCUUUGUCCUCAGCGAAAGCAAACGCGUCAGUCAGACCCAGCAAGGCGAGAUAUCUACCGUGGUCGAGGGAGCAAUUUCAUGAGCGACUCGAGACCUUCAAACCAUCCACAUGGUUCGACAAACCCAAGGUGGUCAACGCGGUGGAGUGUGCCAAGCGUGGCUGGAUUAAUACCAGCGACGACAAAUUAGAGUGCUGUGGAGGGUGUGGAGGGGUCGUGAUCGUCCGGAUAGACCAGGGAGCUCCAACGACACCACAACGACAGCAGGACGCGAUCGGAGAGGAUAAUGGUAGACAGAGCUCGAAUGUAGUUGAGGAUGAUCUUGGUAUGGAUGAUACCACAUCUGAAAGCGAUAUCGAAGCCUUGGGACCAAAAUUCCAUGCAAUGCUCACCGACAACCACAAGGACUCAUGUCUAUGGAAAGCGCAUCCUUGCGAUGAUAGCAUAUAUAAAUUCCCCGUGUUAUCUCAGUCACAGGCGCAAGAGGACUUGCUGGAACGGGUGCGAUUACUGGAGGCAAUGUACAACGACCCCUUGAUCAGGACGAUUCGCCAUCCUCUGUCAAAAGACGAGGCAGACAAGCUGAGAAUCUUGUUCCCAAGUACAGUCGACGUCAAACUACUGAUUCUGUCGCUCUUUGGAUGGAGUGCUCUCGAGCAGCAGAAAGUGUUGGCUUGCAAAGCAUGCCACACGCAAUGCGCGUUCAUUCCCAGCCAUGCAUUCAGCAGUGUUGACGCUCCGGUCGGCGAUGGCUCAGACGGGAAUGGUGCUGUAGACGAGUUUGAUGAUACGGCAUUCGAUGUUGCUGAAUCUCACAAGUGGUAUUGCUACUGGGUGGAUCCCCAUUAUGACACAACCCGGAAGGCGGGGUGGAGAAUAUUGUUUGAGCGCUUGAUAUCCGCAUUGAACACAAAGAUUAGAGGGCAGGACGAUCCAACAUCGCAACAGGCGUCUGCCGGAUCGCAUAUAAAGCCAAACGAUGCUUUGGCGCAGAUCAGACGCAUGCUCCGCGGCCAGGCAACGAUACCCCCUACAACAUCGUCUCCGUCCUCGACGUACCCCCACUGAUGUCAACGCUGCACAAGCAUAACUAUCCCUGUACAAUGACUUCAAGAUAACUGAGUCUCUCGCGCGCUUGUACCCUUGUACCUUACUUCGACCACCGUGUCGAAAAAAGAAUAAAAUGAGACUGCUUACUGCAGAAAGCCAC